AUGUACAACGCCCAGUCAAUUGAAUCACAUCUAGAACUUUCGCAUGCCGGUCUCAUCUUGAUCUCCCUACUCUUGAAAAAUGACUACAGCGACGGUGUGAAUGGCAUUGGCUCUGAAACAGCAGCGGGUCUUGCCAAAUGUGGAUAUGGAGACGAUCUUCUCAACGCCCACAAAUCCUUUUCUACAAUGCCUCAGCAACUUGCAGAGGCCUUUGGCCGACUCAAUAACAAUAUGGCGGAUGAAAUAGAAUUCAAUACUCAUCACAAGCUCAGAUAUCGUAGCCCUUACAAGGCAAACGUGCUCCGCAUAUCCCAAUUCCCAUCACUUAGAGAUCUAUCAACCCUCACGGCAUUUCUGGAACCUGUCACCAGCUGGUCUCGUUCCAUGGACCAUUCAAGAGCACCGAGUGCCUCGAAAUGGCCACCCCAAACACCCGACAUAAUGGAAGUUACCAAAUUCUGCUGUCACAAUUUUGGUUGGCCUGACAAACAUGCGCUCAAGAGAUUUCAUGUUGACCUAUGGCCAGCAGUCAUCAUGCGAAUGUUAAGCUCUAAAUUUCUUCGUUUCAAAGAGAAAGAAGCCGAGAUUCUAGUUCCCCGGCUGCAGGGUACAUUUGCAGUUGACGCAAAUGGAAAACCUUAUACAUCUAUGCUUUCUACCAUAGUUCGCAACAAGAACUCACUGCGGUUACGAGGAAUGAGAGCAAACGAUGCUAUUUCGACUACAUUUUCUACGGAGUUCUUUCUCCAACUCACUGGUCUUGCUAGCUCAGUCUCUGAUACUUCCAGGAGAGUUGACGUCCCUGCUGCAAUGAUCGCAGUAGUGUUGCAGCAAAGUGAUCAGAUCCAUGGACUAAAUGAAUGUCUUGGUCCACCUCCGUCGCACAUCAUCCAUGUUGAAAUUGAAGUCCUUGAGCGCGGCAAUGCAUCUGGGAGUAGUCAGAAUCACCAGGAAAACCCCACAAAGCGCAAGCAUACUGGCACAAGCUUGAAUGAUAGAGAUGAGCCCAAACAUCUGCGUCCAAUGCUUAAGGACCUCGGAAUGAUCGAACUUACUGAUAGUGAAGAUUAA